AUGCAAGGCACUGUAGGCGGAGGCUCUGGCUUCGGAGCUGCUUUGCAUCACCAAGCCCAAGCUUACGCCCCGAAGCUAACACCUCCGUCUAUCUCCGCCCAGCAAUCUUUCAACGAUCUUCACCAACAGUCUGUCAACGUCGAGUUUUGGAUCCGCCAACGUCGAGUUUUGGAUAUAAAUAAGGCUACUUGUGAUUCCUGGUAUGCCCAGGAGGCCAUACUAUCGAACACUUGGGUGAUUAUUCUGUCAAUCAUCCCCUCAGACCUAGUCCGGACAGGGGCCCUGCUACUCACCGGCGUCAUUGUCACCUCUCAUAUCGUGCACGCUAUCCGCCCUCGAGACCUCAUGGAAGAAUUACAAAUGCAACUAUUAUGCCUGGAGGAAAAACUCAAGGCCGCCAUUGAUAGUGGCAUCAUGGCUCAAGCGGAUGUGACUUUCACUGCGCAAAUUGAGAGAAGACUCGGAAGAUACAUCGCGCAACAGUGA